AUGGCGCUAGUGAAAGAGGAGGAUUCUCAUAAGUAUAUGGGUUUUGCUCUGCAACAGGCCAAGCUUGCUCUAGAGGCUCUUGAAGUUCCCGUGGGAUGUGUCAUUCUUGAGGAGGGUAACGUCAUUGCUUCAGGACGAAACCGAACUAAUGUGACACGCAAUGCUACAAGACAUGCAGAGAUGGAAGCAAUCGAUGAACUUGUCGAACAAUGGCGGAAAGAUAGACUCUCACCCUCGCAAAUCGCUGAGAAAUUCUCUAAAUGCGUUCUUUACGUAACAUGUGAACCUUGCAUAAUGUGUGCAUCAGCCUUAUCUUUUCUCGGUAUAAAGGAAGUAUAUUAUGGAUGCGGAAAUGAUAAAUUUGGGGGUUGUGGCUCCAUAUUGUCCCUUCACUUUGGGAGUUCUCAGACUGAACAAGGUCAAGGAGGAAAAGGGUACAAGUGCAGAGGAGGAAUAAUGGCAGAAGAAGCUGUCUCUCUUUUCAAAUGUUUCUAUGAACAAGGCAAUCCCAACGCCCCAAAGCCACACCGCCCUGUAGUUCAAAGAGAGAGGAGUUGAGGUGGUGUUUGUCAACAUGAUGAUUCUAUUUCUACGUGUGUUUGUAUGUAUUUUUAUUUAACAAACGUAACAAGAACAACUUUCAAGACGUUUUUCACGACAAGAGCCCAAAUCCAAAC